GAUGUGCAUCGAACAGCAAUUGGCUUAAGUAUUGUGAAAAACGAACUGUUCGAGUACAAAAGUUAGUGUGUCCCUAGAGUGAAACAAAAUUGGUGAAAUAAUCUGGGGCUGGUUCAACUUUACAUAACAUUCGUUUAACAACACAAACUAAGUGCUCCGGUAACAAAAGGCGCAGAAUGAAUCUUAAGGCUACCACAGCAAUUGUGGUACUGUUGGCCAUAACGGUCACCAGCGCUGACGAAUUCAACUGGUUAAACAGUGGCGAAAAUUUUCUGAGAGAUCUGGUUCGCCUAAAGCGUCAGAACUCAGCCCAAAAUGACACCGAAGUAGGCGACGAUGAAAUACUGAAUUUCAUUCUCGACAGCGGGCGCCAAGGACGCAGCCUCGAAGGUUUCGAUGAAGUUUACAGUGAUCCUUCGGUCCAGCAAGCCCUACAAAACUCCGACGACGUCGAAGCUAGAAAUAUCAUCAAGGAAAAGCUUUGCGCUCUGGGACUCAUGCAGUGUGAUGGGGAACUUAUCGAUGGUAGACGACCAUAUCUGAAUCCUAACAACCUGAUCUACGCCCAACCCGUGGCUUUGAAACCAGUGGGACGACCCAUUGCAACUAUCCCGGUACGUGGACCACCACCACCACCAGGACCAGGUCCGCAUUACUCUCAAAAGCCACCGCAAUAUAAACCUCAUCAAGGACCAUACGGACCGCCACAACCCAUGCCUGUUCCCAACCGCCUGCAGCAAAAAGUAGGAUUCGCCUCACAACAACCUUCGUUCAACGGUCCCAAUUCCUUCUCCUCUAGCUCUUCUUACACUGGUUCCUACUCUAGCCAAUCGGGCUCCUUCCCUCCCUAUGCUUCGAAGCCUCCAGGUCCCAUUUACGAUGGCGGCGAGGGCAUUCCAUAUGAGUUUGAAACACCCAAUAAGCCAAGCCAGGUAGUGAUUGGAGGUGGUCCAACCGUGAUUAAGCCAGCUGCUGAACAGCACAUCCACCACCAUUAUCAUCAUAUUGAGGGUGAAAAGGCAGAAAAAACUGUCAUCGUGAACAAUCCAAUCCCGUUGAACACAGGAGUGCUAACGGGAUCGGUUGUCGGGGGAAGCAGCUCUUCGAGCAACAGUUUGUAUUCUUCCGGAGUUUAUGGAACAUCUGGAAUAUCUAGCGGUGGAUUCAGCCCUAGCAGCAGCAAGGAUUUCGACUACCACGAUCUGAAAGGAGCGAAUAGCAAUGGGUAUGGGCUAUAUGGUGCCAACGGUGGCAAGGAUUUUGACUACCAGGACGUGAGAGGAGGUAACAGUAAUGGUUAUGGGCAAUCUGGAAGUUACGCAUCUCAGUCAAAACCAAUUAGCUCGGGUAUUUAUAAUCAAGGUCCAGCCACCUUCGGAAGCUCAGAUAACAUUGUUUAUGGUUCAAACUCAGCUGGCAGCAGUGGCAGCAGUGGUAGCAACACCAACUACAACGGUUUAAGCGCUAGCUACAACGUCCCUAGCAGCAACAAUCAAUACAAUAGUGCUAGCAGUAACUACAACUACAACGGCCAAUCAACUCAGGGAGGUUUCCAUGCAUCCAACCCGAAUCUCUACAAGAAGGAACUGAACGUAAAUGGAUUGAACAAUAAUGGAUUGGGCAAUUACAACAAAUACAGCCAACAAUACAAUGGACAGUACAGCAAUAAUUUCAAUCAGGAGCAAUUCGGAUCGAAUGGACAAUAUGGAGGAUCCGGCUUCAACUCCCGAGCUGAGGACUGCGUCUGCGUACCUUACGAACAAUGCCCAGCGCAAGAUGUUGUCGGUCGAAGGGAUGAUCUGAUUCUUCCACUGGAUCCACGUAAUCUCAAAAGUGACAUCCAAGCGGACUCUGAACAGGUUGUGGUCACCGAUGGAAACGGCACUAUGACUGUUGUCAAUGUAGCCAAGGAUGCUUCCAGUAAUACUGCGACUGGGAAGAAAGUAACCAAACGGGAAGCUUCUGCCAGCGGUAAGACCGAUAAAAGUGAUGACAAAGCCAAUAUUGAACCGCGUUUGUUGGGAGGUGGAAAUCACGGUGAUGGUGGUGGAAAGAAAGUUGUUCCUACCUUUGGAGUGUCCUUUGGUCUCCCGUAUCCGUCAUAUCCCCUGAAUCCGUAUGGGCCAAACCCUGCCGGAAACCCAUAUUUUGGGUCAAUCGGUGCCAACGGUCUGAAUCUUGGACUGUUGAAUGUAAAUCCUCUGUUUUCCUUGCAAGUUACCAAGGACGAAUACGGUGACAAAGUUGUAAAACCUCUUGUCAAUCUACACGUUACCCCCACUGAAAACAUAGUUCAUAAAGUAGGUGGUCUUCUGGCUGCUAAGAAACAAAAUAUUUUGCAUGUUUUCAAUCAGCAUGACCACUACCACAAUCAUUUGGAAUACCCACCGCCACCUCCAAUCUAUCGACCACCGCAUGGUCCACCAUUUAUUAACGGACCAGUAGGACCCAACCUUAUUUUCACUAAACCGCCUGGUCCGGUCUUCAACGGGCCUGGUCCUAUCUACCCCGGUCCACCAGGGUCUGUGUUUAAUCGUCCUCCAGGCCCUAUCUACCCUGGCCCGCCAAUCUAUAGCCAUCCUCCUGGUCCCUUCUUAAACAGACCACCCCCUCCAUUCAUUCCCGAUGGUCCGUCACAUUUGUAUGGGCCACGUCCUCCUUUCUUCCGUGAUGCUUCCGCUUCCGAUGAAGAUCUAGACUAUAACCCGAACGAGGUGGGCCGAGCCGCCAAUGUCACUUUCAACCAAUCCCAACUCGCAGCGGGAAACAUUGCCUACCAGUCGGUUUAUCCCCAAAACAAGCCUAGCUUUCCAAACCAGCAAAGAGAAGAUUACGCUAGACAGUAUCAAAACUACCAUGGCAGUGGUAAUAAUGUCAGACUUCCACCUACUCAGACUAUUCCGACACCUGCACCGGGACACUCCGAGGGUAGUAGCAUUGUUAGCUUUCCCCGAAAUCGUCGUUCCACCGACGUUAACGUUCCGGACCAAUUGGAAACAACUGCUGUAGGCGAUACAAAAGCGGCAUCAAGCGAACAGGUCGAGGUACAAGAAAAAUCUUUCACAGCUGAAAAGAGGCAAGCAAACUACGGACCUCGUCCACAGCAGUGUCCUUCCAGACACGUCUGCUGCCGUCGUCCUGUAUACCGCCCCCAGCCCGCUAACUUGGGCAAAUGUGGCGCUCGCAAUGCUCAAGGCAUCAACGGUCGCAUCAAGAAUCCAGUGUACGUCGAUGGUGACAGCGAAUUCGGAGAGUACCCGUGGCAGGUCGCAAUUCUCAAGAAAGAUCCAAAAGAAUCGGUUUACGUCUGCGGAGGAACACUGAUUGAUAAUCGGUACAUCGUCACCGCUGCGCAUUGUGUCAAAACAUACAACGGAUUUGAUCUCCGCGUUCGUCUCGGCGAAUGGGACGUAAACCAUGACGUUGAAUUUUAUCCCUACAUCGAACGCGAUGUUGUUGCGGUACAGGUUCAUCCAGAGUACUACGCCGGAACGCUCGAGAAUGAUAUCGCGAUCCUGAAGAUGGAUAUCCCAGUGGACUUUUCCAAUACGCCUCACAUCUCUCCAGCAUGCUUACCGGAAAAACACACUGACUUCUCCGGACAGCGUUGUUGGACCACUGGGUGGGGCAAAGAUGCCUUCGGAGACUACGGCAAAUAUCAGAACAUUCUUAAAGAAGUUGAUGUUCCAAUUAUCAACGACUACCAGUGCCAGAAUCAGCUGCGCCAGACCCGUUUGGGAUACAGCUACAAGCUAAAUCCUGGUUUUAUCUGUGCUGGUGGCGAAGAGGGCAAGGAUGCUUGCAAAGGUGAUGGAGGUGGUCCGCUGGUUUGCGAUCGAAAUGGUAGUUGGCAGGUUGUUGGUAUUGUUUCGUGGGGUAUUGGAUGCGGUAAGGCUAACGUUCCUGGAGUGUACGUAAAAGUAUCGCACUACAUGAACUGGAUCAACCAGGUCAGAGGAAAGUUCUAAGGUCUAGAAAAAGAACGCCAACCGAUGAAACCGUAUUUAUUACCGAUUUAUAUUUAUUGUGUACAGCGGAACCAAGCGAGAACUUAACCAGUGAUACUCAAACUUCGAUUAUGUUCUUUUGUAUAAAAAAUAAGGACUUCAGCUCAGUCGCGAAUGAAUGCAGUGAAAGCACAAAUGUUGAACGACUGCUGGAGUAAAGUGUACAAUGCUAUGUGAGAGCAUUCUUAUUUAGACGCUUUUGUAUGUAGUUCUCUGUUAGGAAUCUAAUUUUAGGCUGAUAAUAGUGAACGACGAAUAAAUUAUUUUAUAUUAAAAAAUAA